AUGGAGUUCACCGAAGAGGCAGUUGUCCUGCCAGCUCAGGUUUCAAGUGAAAUUCCAAGUACAUCCAUUGAAGGCCAGAGAGCUUUGCCUCCAUGUCCUGCAUCUCACUUAUGGACGAGUGCUGCUGAGUAUAUCGUCAGGGAACGUAUGAGGGAGAAAUUGAAGGCUGGAAGGACUAAAGCAAAAACCACAGGGCAGCAAGAACCACAGACCAGUCCAUCAGACCGAGAGCCUUUUGCACUGGAUGAUCUUGAGUUUAGAAGAGGCGAUGAAAAAGUUUCCAGUAGAAGCAGAGUCAAACGCCAAGACUCCAUGCCCUGGAGAAAAAAGAUUCAGCAUGAUGUUCCCACGUCUCAGGAAGCCUACAACUUCUUUGCAUUUAGCUUCUUCCCUGAACCUCUAGACAUGGUCACACAUGUAUACAUGAGAAGGAGUUCUGAGCAUGAAACGUGUGAAGAAGAACCCAGUGGGCCAGAUGAUGAGCAGGAGCAGAAAGAGAAGGAGGAGGAGGAAGAGAAAGAAGAGGAGGAAGCAGGGCAAGAAAUGGAAGAUCCCUCUCUACUGAAACUGGAAGAUAGGCAUUUAUUUAUCAUUGAUAAAGUAGUCCCAGAUUUGCUUGAAGUUAAACCUGCUGAAUUUCUCGAUUACCAAAAGAGAUGCGAAAAAGAGAAAAGUUUGCUGUUCACACCAAGUUCUGUGAGAGUGCCUGUAUCCUUGAAGGUCCCUGAGAACCUGCAGCCACGCUAUUUAGAGGAAGAAGGGCUGUAUGUCGGAGAGCGUCCUGAUGUUUCCCUCACUAAUCAGAAUAUCCUUGAGAACAGACUACUCCAGCAAGAAGAGGGUAUGAAAUGGUUUGGCGAUGACGGGCAGGUGAUUGCUUUGCCCAAUCCCAUCAGAGAGUACAGUACAAGGCUUCCAUUUCUUUCACCACUUGAACAUAUCGAUCCUGCUCUAGAAACAGUGAACAGGAAGACAGCCAAAUCGAAACCUACCAGAUACUAUACACUUGGCAUGGCCGACCCACAUGGAGACAUGCAAUUGGACAUUGACAUACCAGGACUAAUGUUCACUCACCAUUCACUGUUCAGCCGUGAACAUGUCCUGGCAGACAGGCUGCUCCAAUCCUAUGAUCAUUUUUUGGUCAGAAAGCAGAAGAACCUUGUCAGCCAACUUAGAGAUAAGCUUCAUGCUAUAAGGACUGCUGUACAGAACAUUUCAGAAUUGUAUAAUGGCUCAUCCUUACCCCCCACAAUACAGCGCAGAGUGGAUGAGUACAAAGCUGAAAUCAGGUAUACAAGAAAGUUGCUCAAUUCAGAAUUGGAAAAAGAUCAAACUUUACUGAAAAGCAUGAUACAUGUGUGGAAAAACAUCAAAGCAUUGCGGGAUUUGCAAAAAUUUACAAACACUCCCCUGAAACUUCUCCUGAGAAGAGAGGAAGUAGACAAGAUCAAAGAAGAACAAAUGUAUGAGUCUGAAAUCCAGGCUGAGGCAUCUGAGUUAAUGGAAGAGUAUGAAGAAGAAUAUCAAAAGAAGCUUGCAGAUUUCAAGGCAAAGUAUGCAGAAUGGAAAGCCUGGAAGAAGAAACAAAAAUCAAGAAAAAAAAUGAAGCAGGAACAGGGAGAAGAAGGUAAGGAGCAAGAGGAAGAACACGACCAGGAACAAGGGAUAAACCUGGAAAGACCAAAAAGGCCUGAACCAGUGGAUCAAAACACUUUAGUGCAGCAGAUCCGUAAAAGAGUGUACGCCAUUCGUAAAAAACCUGGAGAGCCUCUGCUGAUACCUGAACUGACCUCUGUGGGGACCAUCACUGCCACCGAGCUCUGCCCAAGGAGUGAGGUGCUGAGAAGAGAAGAUAUGCUUAAGCGCUCAUUCUUCAUCAAAAUUAUUUUUAAUAAUAAAGUGGUUUCUCAGACAACAAGUCGUUCAUUGAAUUCCGAUUUCAGAGUCCACUUUGGUCAGAUAUUUAAUCUGAAGAUAUAUAACCAGCCAGAAAGUCUAAAGUUUCAGGUGUUUGAGACAAUGGGGUUAUUUCCCCAAAUGAUAGCUGAGGUGUUUAUACCAAUUCCUGAGACAACCCUUACUACAGGCAGUGCUCCAUUUGAAGACUACGAGUUCAGCAGCUACCAAAGAGUCUUGUUUGAUCACGGAGGAGUUGGCAGCGAUGUACCAUUUUCAUUUGAAGCAGAUGGCAGCAAUAAAGUCAUACUCUUAACUUCAGGAAAGGUAUCCUGUAGUGUGUCUUGGGCAGUGGGAGAGACUAGUGGAGAAAUGAAUCUACAACAAAGCACUGGAGUUCAGAGCACUUUGAAGAAGCAUGAUAUAAUUUCAUCUGUUCGAGUUUCUGCUUUACGUGACAUGAAAAUGCUGUCAAAAUGGGCCUUAGAGUCGAGACUGGACCCAAAUGACCCAAAUAACACCAAACUAUUGCAGAUACUAAAGUUUGCCACGACUGGAGAGGUGCAGAUCCCUAAUUUCUUUAGACUGGAAGAACUGCAAGAGGAGUUUAAGUUUCUCAAAGAUAAAGAAUUUCAAAAAUCAAAGAGGUUUAAGCUGCUGGAGCUACGGAAUCGCGAGGUAGCUGAGUUUCGGAAUUAUAAGCUAAUUCCCAUCAUGGAAAGGGAAAUCCCAGAUAAGCUCCUGCAGGAAUAUGAGGACAGGCUCAAAGAAAUUGUUGUCAUCGAUGCAAAGACUCAACUAGAUGCGCGUAGAACUCUGGCAUCAAACUAUUUACAAAAGGUUAGGGAAACUGUUAUGACUCGAUUCCUAAUUGCAAAGCAUCAUCAUAACCUCUGGGACAUUGUUGUGGAAGAGGAAAUUCCGAGUCUUGCACUUUUGGGAAUAAGUUUUUUCACUCUCUUAGAACCCAAAAGACCAUUAAAACCAACUAGGAAGGAAAGGAAGAAGGUUACUGCUCAGAAUCUUUCAGAUGGGGAUAUAAAAAUUCUGGUCAACGUAGUUCGUGCUUAUGAUAUUCCAAUUCGGAGACCUAUUGUGAGCAAAACAUUGGUUGUCUCCAAGUCUGCCAGGACUGGCACUGAAAUCUUUGCACCUGGACAGCCAUCUCAAAGUGCAUCCCACGCUAGUGGCCAUGGCUGGCAGUUCAAUCAGGUUCUAGUUCGUCCGUUUGUUGAAGUUACAUUUCAACACGCAGUGCAAAAUACAUCAGCAGCAGAAGGGCCAAAUCCAAACUGGAAUGAGGAACUGGAACUUCCAUUUAGAGCUCCCAGAGGCAAUUAUAGCACUUCUAGUCUGCAGUCAGUGAAGGAUAAUCUUUUUGUCAAUGUGUUUGACGAACUUGUAUUUGACAUGUUAGAGGAUGACCGAGAACGGGGAACUGGGAUUCAUACUAGAACUGAAAGACACUGGCUUGGCUCUGUCAGGAUUCCUUUCACCACCAUUUAUUUUCAGUCUCAGAUUGAUGGGACUUUUAAAAUUGACUGUCCUCCUGUUCUCCUUGGCUACGUUAAGUAUUAUGGGAUAGGAAGUGAUGGAGGUUAUGAUGCAGUGAGGAAUCUAAGUAAUGGCUCCUACAUCACACUUUUCAUUACGGUCGAACCUCAGCUAGCCAUAGCUGAAGCAGUGAGGGAAAAGCGAAAAUCUCACUGUUUUCUUUUUUUAAAGUUUGAUAGUGAUGAAGAUGAGAAGCUUCUGCAAGCAGCUGAGAAGUUCCACAAACGGGCUUUACUCAAGUUUCCUACACGCAGAUGCCUUACUAGUGUAACCGACAUACACGGCAAAACCGUCUUCAUCUCUAGAUAUGUAAGGCCUCUGGAUCCUCCAGCAGAGCUGCUUGAAACAUCUCUCAACAACCCCCAGGCAACUGCUGAAUUGGUGGCUUACUUUGUUUCUCUUAUCCCAUCCUUACCGGACAGUGUGUCUUUUGCUGGAAUCUGUGAUUUGUGGUGCACCUGUGAUCAAUUUCUGCAUUUGUUGGCGGGUGAUGAAGAAGAACAUGCAGUUUUGCUGUGCAAUUACUUUUUGGCAAUGGGAAAGAAUGCUUGGCUCAUAAUUGGAAAUGCCAUUCCAGAAGGACCAACUGUUUAUGUACUGACGUAUGAGCAGAAUAAGUUUAUUAUUUGGAACCCCAGCAGAGGACAGUUUUACAGCCAGUAUGAAACCUUCUGCCCAUUGCAAAGUGUGGGUUGCCUAGUGAAUGCAGACAAUGUCUGGUUUAACAUUCAGCAGUAUGACAGCCCAAUGAGAAUGAACUUUGAUGUAAGCAAGUCUAAGUUUUGGAAGCCCUUCUUCACAAAGAGUGGAUCCCAUCCAAACCUUUGCAGUAUCCAGCCUGAAGAAUUAAUUUAUUACCCCACAGAUAAGACAGCAGUUGCUGAGCUACAAGACAGAAUAGAAAAGCUACUAAAAGAGAAGAUUACAGAAUGGAGACCAAGGCAUCCAACCCGCUGGAACAGAUACUGUUCGUCAUCUCUAAGACAGUUCUUACCCAUGCUGGAGAUGUCCAGAGGGAGAGACGUUGGAGAUGAGCACAGGCUGGAAUUGCAGAACCUGCUUGGUGAUUACAGAAUUUGUGGAUUUCCUAUGCACAUGCCAUUCUCUGACAUUGAACCCAUCGUUGAAGCCGUAUACAGUACUGGUGUUCACAAAAACGACAUUUUUAACUUGGAAUUUGCCCUAGCAGUAUAUAUUUGCCCAUAUCCAAAUAAUGUCCUCUCAGUCUGGAUAUAUGUGGCUUCACUGGUCAGUAAAAAAUACUUACAGAGUCAUAUGUCAGAAAGUUCCUAUUAAUGUUGAAGAGCAGUCUGUGCACUUGUUUACAGAACUGUGCUCCAUACCAUUGUCAAAAAAUAACCUGCACGGAAGUGUUGUGUGACAUGUUGUGCACUUGCAGGCCGUUCAUCUUACAGACCUGCUUGGCACUGCCUAAAGAAGGAUGGUGUCAUCAUCACACA